GUGAUGGAUUUGAGUUGGAUAUAUAUAGAGGGAGAGAUGCCUCGAUUAUGAAGGGUUUCUUAUUCUCAUCAUCAUCAUCAUCAUCAAUCAGAUAUAAUAUAGAUACCAAUACACAUAAGAGUAACACUUUUAUCCCGAUAUCAAAUUUGUUUUUCAAAGACACAGUUUUAUCAUCACCAACACCCCAAACAUCAUCAACAGCACAUCUAUAAAAAUGCCUGCCGGAUUCCCCGCCUACCCAGCUUCCAGCUUUCCCAACGAAAAACCCCCAACUCUCUUUCAUCCCUCCUCUCCCAAAUCCCCAAAAGCAACACCCGUCUCCUACUCCACCUCGAAGUCCUACACUGCUACAUCUUCUUCCUCUUCAAAAGACUCAACGGAGACCACUGCCAAAUACACUCCCGCAAACGAUACCUCUUCCCUCUACAGCACCACUUCCACCAUUUCUCUUUUGAAGCAUCCGUUCAGUACACUCAAAACAAAGUUCUCGCACAAGGAACGUUCGAAGAAAGAAUUAGCCAAGCCGAGUGAGAAGACACGUACGUUCGACCCAAAGGCCUGAUGUGGUGGAUGUGAAUGAAAGAGUAGAAGGCUGACUUCAUGAGAUUGGCAGCGAGACAAUCACUUACGGAGACAUAUAUGAUCAUGGCUAUGAAGUAAACUUAGCCGGCGUUCGAUUUGUCUUUUUUUGUGACUGGUGUUUUGCUCGCGGAACCUUGGGAUCUGGGGAUUUCGCGAUCAUGUUGUGAAAUCAUAUAUCCUUCGGCAUGGGGGUUUGCGGAGUUUUUUAUUUAAAUUAUUGGUGACAUGCUGGUAGCAUUAGGGAUGAAACUAGAUACUCAUGGAACAAUCCUUUCCUGAAUGGAAAUGAAUGUA